UCUAGGACUAUGCACCGCUAGAGGUUGGAUUCGGUUUGACCAAUGUUGGGUUCCACCACCUACAAAUCAUGCACCUAAUCCAACUUAUAUUGUAUUUUACAUAAAUAAAUAAAAUGGUACCUGUCCACAUGCCCCUUUUACACAUGAAAAUAAGAUUUUAAUUUCUGCAUGAAGUGGUUGUGAAUACAGAUAUCAACUCAAUAAUGCAUUUCCCAGCUUUUUACUGUGUUAAAAUGGUGAAGUGGUUAUUCCUCAAAAGGUCAAUGACUUGGUCAACCAUGCAAUCUCCUUUUCUACCGUUCACACACACACACACACACACACACACUCAUCAUGUUCAUUGUAUGGAAGUUAAACAAGGUUAAUGAUAAAAGUUCAUGUAUGCUUUUAUGACAUAGUUUUCACAUGGUAUCAAUGAUUGUUUUACUCAAAAAGAAACACAAACUAAAUAAUAUGUUUAUGUCAAUGAGUAAGAAAGAAUUCUGAGAGGGGCCUAUUUGUAAAAUAGAGAAAAUAAAAGGACCUUUACAGGUUGAAGUUAGGCAUGUAUUAGUCAUGGGAAGACAAGGUUGUUGAAACCUAAACACACACAAGAAUUAGUAUUCUGCCAAGUACCCUCAAAUCUCUUUAAUUAAAAUUAAAUAAAUAAAUAAAAUCUGGAAAAAAUUCUAUGUUUUACCAAACUGUAACUACUCUCUGGUCCCACCAUUCAUUCAGUAUUUCACUCUAUUAUAAGACACCCUUUUCUCCCACUUUCUAGAAAUCAAGAAACCUACAUUUUCAAAUUCUUGAUUUUCAGUUUGAGCAAAAAAAAAUGUUAAGACAUCUUUCAAUCCUCUGUUUUCUGUUCUCUCUCCACAUACCAUCAUCCUACAGCCAAUCGUCUUGCGGAAACUACAACUUCGACAAAAACCAAAUCUUCAAAUCAUGCAAUGAUCUCCCACAGCUGAACUCGUUCCUUCACUGGAACUACGACCAGCCCGCAAACACCGUCAAAAUCGCCUACCGCCAAACGGGGGUCUCCGGCCCCCGAUGGGUGGCGUGGGCGAUCAACCCUAGUGGCCAAGGCAUGGCCGGAGCACAAGCACUCGUAGCCUAUCAGAAAUCCGACGGCAACAUAACUGCUUACACAUCACCUGUAACUAGUUACCAGACUCAGUUAGCUCAAGGAGAUUUGAGCUUCCCAGUUUCGGAUUUAACCGCUACUUAUUCAAAAAACGAGAUGAUUAUUUUCGCCACACUAAAGCUCGAUAAUCUCAGCUCUACUGUGAACCACGUGUGGCAAUCGGGCCCACUUUCAGGUGAUUCUCCGGCCACACACGCUACUUCUGGUCCUAAUCUCCAGUCCAUGGGGAGCUUAAAUCUUCUCUCGGGGGAGACAAAGGCCUCAUCGGGAGGCGUAAACUCCGUAACAAAGAAAAAGAAUAUUCACGGAGUGCUGAAUGCAGUGAGUUGGGGGAUCUUGUUACCAGUUGGCGCUGUCUUCGCAAGGUACCUAAAAGUGUUCCCUUCGGCGGACCCCGCGUGGUUUUACCUUCAUGCAAUCUGCCAAACCUCAGGCUACAUCGUCGGAGUUGCUGGCUGGGCUACUGGUCUCCGGCUAGGAAGCCUGUCUCCCGGAGUUGUACAAACAUCCCAUAGGAUCAUCGGAAUUGUCGUCUUCUGCCUCGCAACUCUCCAGGUGUCGGCUUUGCUACUGAGGCCGAAAAAGGAGCACAAACACAGAAUCUACUGGAACAUAUACCACCACUUCGUAGGAUACUCUGUCAUAGUUCUAAGCAUUAUAAACAUUUUCAAGGGGUUCGACAUUUUGAACCCGGAGGAGAAAUGGAAGCGAGCGUACGUCGGAACAAUAAUCGGGGUGGCGUUUGUUGCUGCGGUGCUGGAAGUGUACACGUGGUGCGUAGUUUUGAAGAGGAAAAAGAGUAGCAGCCGCCCUCAGAAGAUGGGAAAUAAUGGGGUUAAUGGAACAAAUGGUAAUGGCUACAAUGGAUAUGGAGCAAGUACACAAGAGAGAGUAUGAUUCAGAUUAGAAUUUUCGUGUAAAGCUGUUCGAUUUGGCUCUUUUUUUUCCAUUUUUUUAUUUUGUGCCAUGUUUUUUUUCUUGCUGUAUUUUCUUGUUGAAAGUGUGAUGAUGUUUAGGAUUUUGUUUAUGUAGAUUUUGUGUUUGGAUAGUUCUAUAUAUAUUUAUAUUUGUUGUUUUUUUAA